CAAGUGCCCAACGACGAUAAAUCCCCGAAAAAAACCUCUAAGAAAUCCAAACUCCAAACAUCCGCAUUAAACCUUCCCUCCAUUGCAUUCAAUUUCUGAAGAACUCGCAAGACAUCCUCCACUCUCUCUCUCUCUCACCCCUGUUUCAUUUUUUCUUUUUUUUAAAGCCUAGGGUCCCUGGUCUUCUUUUCUUUGCCGAUCCUCUGCUCGCCACCUGCUCUACUCUGUAGCACAUGUGGGUGCUCUCCUUCUACCGUCUCCUCCUCUCCAAUGAGAGAUUUUUCGCUCAUAUUCUCUGCUUUCUUGAUCCGUUCUGGGUGUUGGGGAGUGGGAAUCCGAGGCUUUUCUAUGGGAGGAUUUGAGUGCAGCGUGUGAUCAAUAUGAUGAGACCGGUUGGGUUUCCGCUGCUUCUUCUUCUUGCCGUUAAAUGCGGUGUUUUCUUCGUGUCUUCCGAGUCCUUUUUACACGAUGAAGUGUCGGCACUGGCUGCUUUCAAACGGGCUAUACUUGAAGACCCUCUUUCGGUUCUAUCUGACUGGAAUACCCUAGAUGGAGAUCCUUGCAACUGGACUGGUGUGAUCUGCUCAAAGCCUCAGAAUCAUGUGAUCUCUCUAAAUAUUUCCAGUUCAUCCUUGAAAGGAUUCCUUGCACCAGAACUUAGAUCACUGAGUUCUUUGCAACAACUAAUUUUGAGGAACAAUUCGUUUCUUGGGACAAUACCUAAACAAAUUGGCAUGCUGAAAAGUCUCACCGUACUGGACUUGAGCUUGAAUAGGCUCACGGGCUCUAUUCCUCCUGAGCUUGGAGACUUGACCAGCAUUACAAAAAUAAAUCUCCAAUCCAAUGGCUUGACUGGCAAUAUACCCCCUGAACUUGGUAAACUGAAGAAUCUUAUUGAGCUACGGUUGAGUAGGAAUAGACUCAAGGGAUCAAUUCCUGGAAGCAGCAAUUUGAGUUUUUUUUAUGGCAUGUUUUCCUCUCGCAACAAUAUCACUGGCCUGUGCCAGUCAUCUCAGUUAAAAGCUGGAGAUUUCUCAUACAACUUUUUUGUUGGAAAAAUACCACCAUGCUUGAAGUAUCUUCCAAGGUCAAGCUUCCAAGGAAACUGCUUUCAGGAUGGCUACUCUGUCUUGCAGCGGUCUUCUCAACUUUGUCGUGGUGGUUCUGCAAAAAGCCAGGGGGUAGCCAGAGAAACAUCUAAACAGUAUCAUGAGGGCAACAAACAUCAAAAUCUGCAGCAACCAGUAUGGCUUCUGAUUUUGGAAAUUACUACGGGAGUUCUCGUGGUAGUUUUCCUCACAACUGGUGCUGUGACUGCUGUAAAAAGUUGUAAACUAAAAACGUCUGUCAAAAUCCCUUGGACAAGAACCAUGACAUGGAAAGAUGAGAUAGCAAUAUCAAUAGAUAAUGAAAUGCUGAAAAAUGUGUCAAGGUUAACAAGGCAGGAACUGGAAGUUGCUUGUGAAGAUUUCAGCAACAUAAUUGGCUCUUCUCCAGACAGUAUAGUCUAUAAGGGCACCAUGAAGGAUGGACCAGAAAUUGCUGUCAUAUCAUUAUGCAUCUCAAAAGAUCAGUGGACAGGCUACCUCGAAUUUUUCUUUCAGUCUAAGGUUGUGGAUUUGGCACGGUUAAAUCAUGAGACCACAGCAAAGUUACUGGGCUAUUGCAAAGAGAGUGAUCCAUUUUCAAGGAUGCUUGUUUUUGAAUAUGCAUCUAAUGGGACACUGUAUGAGCACCUUCAUUAUGGUGAUGGAUGCCAAUUAUCCUGGCUUAGACGGAUGAAAAUAGCAAUUGGAGUUGCUCGUGGACUUAAGUAUCUACACACAGAGUUGCAGCCUCCUUUUCCUAUACCUGAAUUGAACUCAACUGCAGUAUAUCUAACUGAAGAUUUUUCUCCAAAGUUGGUUGAUUUUGAGAGCUGGAAAAUGAUAUUCUCAAAAUCUGGAAAGAAUUCUGGUUACAUCACCGGUGGUGGUUCUUUUCAUGGAUAUGUGGAUUCAUUAGAGCAACUGAAUAUGGAUGUCCAGGGCAACACACAUGCUUUUGGAGUGCUUUUACUGGAACUAAUCAGCGGAAGACCUCGAUUUUGCAAAGAUAGAGGUUAUUUGGUGGAUUGGGCUUUGAAGUAUCUUCAAAAUCCAGAAGAGAAAAGCAAGCUAAUAGAUCCUGAACUGGAAAAUGUCAAGAGUGAUGACAUUGAUGUAAUAUGCAGUGUGGUGAGCCUUUGCAUUGAACCUGAUCCUUCUAAGAGGCCGUCAAUGCAAAUAAUAACUGCCAUGCUGGAGAAUGGAAUUGACUUAUCAGCAGCAGCCCUUCUCAAAGAGUCUCCUUUGGCUUGGGCAGAGCUAGCCUUAUCCUCAUAAUCAUAGAUCAUCCACACUGUAAAUUGAUAACAUACACAUGAAAUAUCUUGUUUCACAUUCUUUUGAUGUUUUCAUAUCUUUUAGUCCUUGUUUACAGCAGUUGCUUGCAUUCUGAAGCUGCAGAGGUGCAUACAGGAAAGUGCCGGCUUUUAUUGUAUACUUUUGAUUGUUUAGUUAACCAGUCAAACUAUUCACCUUAUGAAAGCCAAGGAGCUGUUUUCUGGAUU